GCUGGGCACUUCCCAAGGGGAAACGGUCGGGUUUUCCCCAGGUGUGGCCCAGGUAUAAAGGCCGGCUGCAGCCAGGUUGGCCACCAGCUGCUCGCUGGGACCACUGCCAGGAGUCAGGUGCCCGACAAGUGCUGCCGCGGCCGCCAGAAUGAUCCUCACUGGCUUCCUGCUUCUGGCCUGGCUGCCCCUCUGGGGGGCUGCCCACACCCACAGUCGACGGGCCCUGCGCUGCUACUCAGCCAAAGAACUGCUGUCCAAUCAGGUGCCCCCACACCUGCUGGCUCAGAGUGCCAGGUGGGAGCAGGCCUUGCCCGUGGCACUGGUGCCCAGCCUGGAGGCAGCAGGCCAGCGGAGGCACCAGGAGGGACUCCAGGCCACCAGCCAGUGCCCGGUGCUGCGGUCUGAGGAGGUGUUGGAGGCAGAGACCCACCAGCGCUCCAUCUCACCCUGGAGAUACCGCGUGGACACGGACGAGAGCCGCUACCCCCAGAAGCUGGCCUUCGCCGAGUGCCUGUGCCGGGGCUGCAUCAACGCCAGGACGGGCCGCGAGACCCCGGCGCUCAACUCGGUGCAGCUGCACCAGAGCCUGCUGGUGCUGCGCCGCCAGCCCUGCCCUCGCCGCGGGGCCUUCGCCUUCCAGGCCGAGUUCAUCCGCGUGCCGGUCGGCUGCACCUGCGUGCUGCCCAGGUCCGUGCGGUGACGGUGGCCGGGCCCACCCUCCUAUUUAUGUCUAUUUAUU